AGAAAAAAACCAAAAAAUCGCCAACACCGUCUCCCCGGAACGACGGAGAGAUCCCGCCGUUUCUUGGCCGUAAAAGAUUUGAAACUGAUGCUCAUAGAAAGGAAAGAAAAAAAACACCAUAUAAUCAGAUUCCGCUUAAGAAAAAAUGGCUGGAGGAGGAGGUGGUAGCACUUCUGGAGAAGGCCCUAGAGAGCUGGAUCAGACACCGACGUGGGCUGUCUCUACUGUUUGUGGCGUUAUCAUCUUAAUCUCUAUCGUUCUAGAGCUCAUGAUUCACAAAAUCGGAGAGUUGUUCACGAAAAGAAGGAAGAAGGCUUUGUACGAAGCUCUUCAAAAAAUCAAGAACGAGCUUAUGGUUUUGGGAUUCAUUUCUCUGUUACUAACGUUUGGACAAAACUACAUAGCAAGCUUGUGUGUGGCUUCGAGAUACGGCAAUGCGAUGUCCUUUUGUGGUCCGUACGAUGGUCCAAGUGGUGACUAUAAGAAGCCAAAGACUACCGACCACUUACAACGCCGUGUUUUGGCCGAUGCUGCUCCAGCUCAGUGCAAGAAGGGCUAUGUGCCGCUUAUAUCACUCAACGCGUUGCAUCAAGUGCAUAUAUUCAUCUUCUUCUUGGCUGUGUUUCAUGUCAUUUAUAGUGCUAUUACCAUGAUGCUUGGAAGAGCAAAGAUUCGUGGAUGGAAAGUUUGGGAGGAAGAAGUCGUAAAUGAUCAUGAAAUGAUGAAUGACCCUUCAAGAUUUAGACUCACACAUGAGACAUCAUUUGUUAGAGAGCAUGUCAAUCCUUGGGCCAAAAACAGAUUCUCCUUCUACGUUAUGUGUUUCUUUCGUCAGAUGCUUAGAUCAGUCAGAAAAUCUGAUUAUUUGACGAUGCGCCAUGGUUUCAUAAGUGUCCAUUUGGCACCUGGGAUGAAGUUUAAUUUCCAAAAAUAUAUUAAAAGGUCAUUGGAAGACGACUUCAAGGUAGUCGUGGGAAUAAGUCCCGAGCUAUGGGCCUUUGUGAUGCUCUUUCUACUCUUUGAUGUUCACGGGUGGUAUGUUACUGCUGUGAUCACCAUGAUUCCUCCCGUUUUGACAUUAGCGAUAGGAACCAAGCUUCAGGCCAUCAUAUCAGACAUGGCGUUGGAGAUUCAGGAGAGACACGCAGUGAUUCAAGGGAUGCCACUUGUCAAUGUCUCUGACCGGCAUUUCUGGUUAAGUCGUCCUGCCUUAGUCCUCCAUAUCAUCCACUUCAUUCUCUUCCAGAAUGCCUUUGAGAUUACCUACUUCUUCUGGAUAUGGUAUGAGUUCGGGUUACGGUCCUGUUUUCAUCACCAUUUCGCGCUCAUAAUCAUACGGGUUGCUCUCGGAGUGGGAGUACAAUUUUUAUGCAGUUACAUUACACUUCCUCUUUACGCUCUCGUUACUCAGAUGGGAUCAACGAUGAAGCGAUCGGUGUUUGAUGAGCAAACGUCAAAGGCGUUAAAGAAUUGGCAUAAGAAUGCAAAGAAAAAGAGUGAGACGUCAGGUCAAAUGCAAACUCCAAUGUCUAAUCUCCGACCUAAAACCGUCGGCGAUAUCGAGUCUGCUCCGGCCAACAUCACGGCUAGUGUUGAUGUUAAGGAAGGAGAUCAAUCUCGUAAACCUGGAGACCUCUUAAGCGGUCCCUAAUACAAAACCAAACCGGUGAAGACACUACAACUUUCACAUAACCGGCUUACUCAAAUCCUCUAUACACAUUUUUUUUUUCUUCUUUUUAUAUUAUAGGUUUUUCUUAAUCAAUUGUUUAUGUAAGUGUUUGUUGUAUGUGUAUUAGUUUAAUUUUCUUAAACAAAAACACGAGCCAUAUACAUAGCCUAUUUAUAGGCUCGGG